AUGCCUUCCACAGCCCAAAGUAGCUCUAAAGGCAAGAAAGGACAUGCUCUAGAGAGUGUACGAUCAAGCCUUCUGAGUCCUUCAAAUUUCAAUCCACAAACUGGAGAGGAUGUAUCUUCAGCAGCUCAAGAUGAAUCGCGCAAUGAGAUGCUCUGGUGCCCUUUCUGGCUACAGGGUGCUAUCAUUGGAGCAUUCUGCGUCCUAUUCUCUACCUGUACAGUAGCGAUAUCAUGUAUCGCAUCCCAUUCAAAAGGCAACGAUGGUUUGAAUGAUGCCCAGAAGGGUCUGAAACACCUGUGGAGAUUUGGUCCUACUGUCUUCACCACACUCAUCUCUAUAUUCUGGUGGAGAGUUGAACUGCAAGCCCUCAGAUAUUGGCCUUGGAUCUGCCUACGGAGAGCGAAGGAUGCUGGCCAACUCGGCACAAAUGAGCUCGACUAUACCUCGCUCAUCACGCCGAACGUCCUCAUCACAUCUUUCAAGCGUAGAGAUACAUUCGUCUUUCUCGUCGUUUUCAUCUCCGUCUUGCUAAAAGUUCAAAUUGUUCUAUGUGCCAAUAUUUUCCAGCUGAUAACCAUUGAGGUCACGGAGCCAAUUCAAGUCCGUGCCCUUAGUUCAUUUGAAGCAAUGAAUGAUCUAAGCGACUCAUCCAACGCAAUGGCAUACUUCCAUGCCAAAGCUGUGCAGAACUUUGAUAUGGAGCUUCCCUUUGGCGUUUCAGCUGAAUGCGCCUAUCAAACAUUUGAACUGCCCGGGCCAGGUCCGAGCUCCCGCGGCACUGUCGAGAGUCCGAUAGAAGUACAAGUUGAUGGAUUAUUUGUCGGUGUGAGAUGCGAGCUGUUACAAAGCUACACUCAUCAGAGAAUCGAUAACCACCUACGAUCUUAUUAUGUUUCCGCUGAUCUCGAAUUUUCAAAUUGCGAGAGGCUGAUCAGCUUUGAUUUGGUUCAGAUGUAUGAGGGAAGGCGCCUUCCGAUCUCUUUCGAAGAAAUAUUUUCGAAUGACACAGAACCCUAUCUAUGCUCAUCUCUGUUCUACGGAGGAGAGCCUCAGUUCAUAUAUUAUGCAGGACUUCUCACAGAUUCUCAGCAAAAUCCAUCUAUCCUAGAAAUUAACAAGCUUGCUGCCGUUGUAUGUUCCUCAAAAGCAUACAUCUCUAAAGUUCACGUGGUGGAUAACGGUAUCCGCCCGAAUGUAACAAAGCUAUCUGGCGCAGAAGAGUUUUCCGUUUUCUCUGAUUCAUGGCGAAUGGUACUCGAACUUGUGCAAGCCGCUGGCAGAGGUAUACUGAAGAAUAUUAUCGAGGAGGAGUCUAUCUUAUCUGGCAAAAAGCUCGACAAUGGGAAUGAGACUCUAUAUCAAAGCGAUAUAGUCCAGCAACGUUUGUCGUCCUUCAUUGGGACACUGAGUCCAUUUAUCGCGAACUAUAUCCUCCGUCAAGAUACAGAAAAGGAUAUCCCUGGCUCUAGAAUAAUAAAAGUCGAAAGGCUGCAGGCAAACGAGGGCAUAUGUAUAGCAAUGGCUGUGGUCUUUGGUAUAAUAGCCUUGAUUUCCCUAUGGUUCGUUUUUUACUCCAAAAGGAUUGCGAACGUUUGGUAUAGAGACCCGGCGACAAUACUCGGAUCUAUGCUGUACUUCCUCGGGAAUCGACAUCGAAAUCCGUUCAUCUAUUCUUCUUUAUCGAAAACACGACAUGAGAUGAAAGCGGAGUGGAUUAAGGCUGAGACUUACUCCCCGCUGGUUGUUAGGAAAUCCUCCCGUAUUUUCUUCGUCAUGUACACAGUUGCGCUUAUGGCUGGAUUGUCGACGACAUUGAGAAUAUCUUGGAGCUCGCAAGUGCUGGCUACCGUCACGGGAGAUAAGAAUCCGCUGUUGUGGAGUUCUUUGCCAGUAUUGGCAUUUCUCAUUGUCGCCAUGUACACAACCUCUUCGGAUGCCACUCUAAGAAAUCUAGCCAUCAUGUCUAAACUAAAUGUCGAUGUCUGUUCCGCUGAUCAACUGGAUAUAUCCCUACUUGACAUGAUAGGUCUAAAGGCUUUAUAUCACUCCAUCCGGCUGAAGAUCUACUCAGUGACGUUGUCACAUCUUCUCGCUACCAUUUGCCUCUUUUUAAUAGCUCUGUCUAGUGUCCUAUUUACGCCUACUGUUAUCCCGCAGAAUACAACCAUAGAAUUUCCGCAAACCAGCUGGUUUGGGACUCGUGUCUCGGAAAAGACGCAAGAGACCAAAUCCGAUACUCGGCUAAAUCUAGAUAGUCUCAUUCUCACCAGAGCCUUUUCCAAUUUCACGUAUCCUGAAUCCACUUAUGAUGGUCUGGUGUUUCCUUCUCUGGAUAUAAGCACCCCAGAAAUCAAUCGGAAGUCUGGAAUAUUAGUCACGGCGAGGAUCCCAGCAGCGACGUUAAUGCCUACAUGUGGUCGAAUUCCUCGCGACGAUUUCAGCUUGGUUUCCGAUACCAUCAAUACAGGCACGGAUUAUAUCUACGGAAUUAGAGCAAUAGAGAUCUUCAACUGCAGCGAUGGCACGGAAACAAAACUGACCAACUGGAUCGACUCAAGCAGCAAGACCUCGCGGGACAAGCGGUCAUACAUCGCCGGCAUUCUUGCGUCCUCGGAUAAUCCUGCUGUGAAAGCUCAGAAAUGCAAAAACGACCAAAAGCCGGAUCCAUUGAUAGGCUAUCAGCCGUUUAGGGUACAAACGUACUUCUGGGGAAAUUUCUCCAUUGGAUCAACCAACGAGGAUGGUGGCUUUGAGUACAUUUCUCUAUGGAAAUGCAACUACACUUGGGUCGAGGUCAUGGCGGAAACAAAGCUCACAUGGACGGAUGGACACCUCGCCAUCAACCAUACGGAUCCUCCCAAAAUCGAUCGUUCAACGAUCAAACCCUGGAGCCCACCAUUUAGCGUUCCUCAAUUCGAUGGAAACCAACCAGAAAGCCCUUCCUCCCCUUCCCCCCUCGGCGUUUUUACACAGCAACUUCAUACAAAUGCGUUGGUCGACAGAUUUGGCGACCAGUUCAAAGCUAUCAUAAAGCCAUAUGGGCCAAUCGCGGUCGAAGACUUUGACAACCCUGACAAGGAAUCCGAAAUUUUGGAAGCUCUUCAUUUUAAUGUUGCGAUGGCUAGUGCUCAGCUUGUCAAUGUUGAGCAGCGGUUCAACAUCAAUGAGGCCUCAAAUGUGGCUCCUAAAGAACACCCAGAGCUCCCCAAAGUUAAGGCUACUGUCCUGGACCCAAAUCGGACUCGAUUGGUCCAGAACACGGCAGUUACUAUCGCAAUUUUAGUAAUACUGUCUCUUGUUGUCAGUGUUAAUAUCUGGGCUCUGAUGUCAGCCGUGCUACGCCGUUACCACGGUAUACAUAGCUGGCUUAUCGACAUGGAGUUCAAGGGGGUAGCACCGGAUGAUUACAAUAGUAUCGCAUUGACGGAUGCUCUGCUUCAUGAUUCCAAUAUCAAAGGGUAUUUGGCGGAGGAUUUGCAACUUACGCCGCCAAGCAAGAUAUUUGAGGAGCUGCGAGAGCUCUCCUUUGUGCUGGGUUGGUUUGGGGGAUAUGGGCACUGGGAGGAUGAAGCGGAAUUGACUAUUGGAGUCUUGGAUGACGAAGAGUCUCCAUUCUUAGGAUAUAGGCAAGGGCAGAAGUAG